GACAACAACAAUACUGACAAGUGACGAUACCCAUAGAAAAGAUUAAAGAAUGAAGAAUGAAGAAUGAAGAUAUACCGGUGAUGACUGCAGCAGAUGACUGUCGCUUGACGAGAGACGGCUGACGAUUGUGCCACUGCAACAUUGAAGAUGAUCUUAUGUCGUAUCUUACCUAGUCCACCGUUUUAACAAUAUGUUUAUUACUCAACACCAAUAUUGAGGGCUUUGAACUAUGGACGGAGUCGUUUUUGGAUCAAUAACCAGCAUGAAGAUCGUGAUUAGAACAAAGCCUGUUGUGUACAUUGCCGGGCCAUCGUGAAGUGUUAUAUAUUAUUAUAUUAUAAGUAUUGUUGAUAUAAGGUUCUAACCAUGCGGUGUUUAGCUCUGAAGUUAUACCAAACCAAUGGGAUAAUGUACAAAUAUUAUUCCGUGAUCUUUAUAUUUUUGUUCGGAGCACUGUCUAGUAUAUUAUUAAAUAAAUACUGGAACUACACACCAUAUGUUGACGAUAAAACUAGGCAUCUGAUUGUACGUCGCCCGUUUUCCAUUAUUGAUUUCGAUGAUCAUGAAUACGUUGAUUCGAAUCAAGAUGCUCAUGAACUAAUCAUCAGAGAAACAGAUGUGGAUGUUGUGUCUGAUCAAGAUAAUUUAGAAGCUCUAAUGUCAUUGGUUGCUGCAAACGAAAUGAAAUCGAUGGGUAAAGGUGAAAAAGCUUUGAAACUUAUUGAACACGGUAUUGCACUUGCUCCAAAAAAUCCUGACUUAUUAAAUGGUUAUGGUGAACUUAUUGAAACACUUCGAGACGACAUUUUAACUGCUGAUCAGAUGUAUUAUAAGGCACUUAUACAUAGUCCAAAACAUAAAGAGGCAUUGAUCAAUCGUAAAAGAACUCAAAUUAUUGUUGAUGAUUUGGAUUGGCAACAGCUCAAGCGUAUUGACGAGAAAAGAGAUAAAAUGGCUUUAAUAUCAGAUUCUAAUAUGGCUCUUAGAAGAGCAAAAAAAGAAGCAUAUUUUCAGCACAUUUACCAUACAGUUGGUAUUGAAGGAAAUAGAAUGUCUUUAUCGGAAACUAGAUCUAUUUUAGAAACUAGAAUGGCUAUUGGUGGUAGAAGUAUUGCUGAGCACAAUGAGAUAAUAGGUUUAGAAGCAGCUCUCAAAUAUAUAAAUGCAACAUUAAUCAAUCGACUUGGUAGUAUAUCUGUUGAUGAUAUUUUGGAAAUUCAUAAAAGAGUAAUGGGAUUUGUUGAUCCAUUAGAAAGUGGAGUUUUUCGUCAAACACAAGUAUUUGUUGGUGGUCAUGUUCCUCCAGGUCCAUCUCAUAUUGGAACUUUAAUGGAAAAUUUUUCUAUAUGGCUUAAUGCUGAAUCUACUCUUAGACUACAUCCUGUAAGAUUUGCAGCUCUAGCGCAUUACAAAUUAGUACAUAUACAUCCAUUUACUGAUGGUAACGGACGAACUUCACGUCUGCUCAUGAAUAUGAUUCUAAUGCAAGCUGGCUAUCCACCAGUUAUUAUACCAAAAGGAGAAAGACAUAAGUAUUAUCGAACUUUGGAAUUUGCCAAUAAAGGAGAUAUCAGACCAUUUUUGAGGUUCAUUGCUGAAUGUACUGAAAGAACAUUAAAUCAAUUUUUAUCAUCCACUACAACAGAAUUUUCAACAGACAUUCCAGAAUUAGACUAUGAUAAUAUUAUUAUAAAUGAAUCUUAAUAAUAUCUCAAAUUUUAAAUGUAUCAGCCAAAAAGUGUGCUUUAAGAAGAAACAAAAUCAAUGGUUUAUCAUUAUAUUUUAUAAGAAAAUAAUAUAAAUAAACAUUGUUUCUAUGAGAUAUUAUUGAAAUUAUAAUUUUAAUUUAUAA